UACCACGUGGAAACCACCUCAGUUUCCACAAUUUUAUAUUGCGUUUGGCCUGAUCACCCAAAGCUUCCACUAAUGGUGGCCACGCUAAAUAUUCAUCUUCAUACUAUUACUAGUGGUGAAACACUCGAAAAUGCUCUGGUUUGCCGGAAAAUGAGCAAGCCUCGCAUAGAUAUAGAGUUGACAACGCGCGUGGUAUUCUGAAACGCUUAACAGAAUACUCUUCCUCCUCCUCCUCCCGUUAGGUUUUUUUGAGCAGUUGCAGAAGAGCAGACUAUAUAUUUCAAUAUCAGAAUGGUGAGCUUUGCUGUUUCGUCAGACACUUCUUUCACCCGUUUGCCUGCUGCGCCAUGCCUCGAUUGCAGCAGGGUUAGGGGAUUAUUUUUGAAAACGUCCAAGUUGAAGGUUUGUGCAAGUACCACUUAUAACGAAUCUUCAUUUCAACCGCAUGGCCUUGGAGUAACAACUACAGCGCGCUCCUCUCUUAUUAAUCAAUCAGGGAACCACAGCCCUAAAGGAUUUUUACAUAUUAGUGAUUUUGACAAGGAUACAAUAAUGCAUAUCCUUCGAAGGGCAGUGGAACUGAAGUCAAUAAUUAAAUCUGGGGAUAAGAAUUUCCAGCCUUUGCGGGGAAAGUCAAUGGCUAUGAUAUUUGAAAAACCAUCCAUGAGAACACGUGUUUCUUUUGAAACGGGAUUCUUCCUUUUGGGUGGGCAUGCCAUAUACUUAGGCCCAGAUGAUAUACAGAUGGGGAAAAGGGAAGAGACACGUGAUAUUGCUCGUGUGCUAUCGGGUUAUAAUGACCUCAUUAUGGCACGGGUCUUUGCUCAUCAGGAUAUUCUAGAUCUAGCAAAGUAUGCCAGUGUACCUGUUAUCAAUGGCUUGUCUGACUUUAAUCAUCCGUGUCAAAUUAUGGCUGAUGCACUAACUAUUAUAGAACACCUUGGUGGGCUGGAAGGUGUUAAGGUUGUGUACAUUGGAGAUGGAAAUAACAUUGUGCAUUCUUGGCUUUUAUUGGCAUCUGUGGUGCCAUUUCAUUUUGUUUGUGCAUGCCCUAAAGGGUUUGAACCUGAUCAUGCCACUGUAGAGAAGGCAAGGAAUGCUGGGAUUAGUAAAAUUGAAAUAACAAAUGAUCCUGCUGAGGCUGUGAGGGGGGCAAAUAUUGUAUAUACAGAUGUAUGGGCAAGUAUGGGCCAGAAGGAUGAAGCAGCUUAUCGCUAUGAACGAUUUAAAGGCUUCCAGAUUAAUGAGGCUCUGAUGAAGUUGGCAGAUCCAAAUGUGUUAUUCAUGCACUGCCUUCCUGCUGAAAGAGGCACUGAAGUCACUGAUGGUGUUAUAGAGGCUUCUAAUUCUAUUGUUUUCCCGCAGGCAGAAAAUAGGAUGCAUGCCCAAAAUGCCAUUAUGUUGUAUGUUCUUGGACUAUGAAGAUUGACAUGAUACGCAGUUUUUUAUAUUUCCUGCCGAGUGAUUUCUAUGUCAUUCAGAGUUUGCAUCAACACUUCUCAGCUGGGUAAACCAACGAUGUAAUAAAUGCUGGUGUUUAGUUUGGGGAACUGAAUUUUGAAAAUUUAAGUAUCAUGAAAUUACGUCUGAAAUGAUAUGAAGAGGUUCACAUUUCAAUA